AUGGAAAGGGUAAUUAGCGCAAUAGUGGGGUCCACAAAGAUAGCACUUGUUCAUAUGGAAGAAUGUAUAUCAACCCAGAUUGUUGCCAAGGAGUAUACGUAUUCUCCAAACGACCAUAUCGUCAUCUUUCACACAUGGAACCAAACGGCUGGAUAUGGGCGUACAGGGCCCUGGCAGUCAGCUGCUGGAAACCUUGCGGCGACGUGGUCCUUCCCCGUCCAUGUGUUCUCCCCGUCCUCUAUGUACUUGCGCACAUCGCUUGCUCUUCUCAGGCUUUUUGAGUACUACGGAAUCGCCUCCACCAUUAAGUGGCCAAAUGAUAUCAUAGUAGACGGCGAAAAGUGUGCCGGCUUUCUUUGUGAGCAGCUAUGCCCUGACCGCGUUCUUAUCGGCGUUGGAAUUAACGUAGCAGUGGCUCCUCCGGGGACUUCUAAGGCUCCUGCUUUUGCAAAGCACCUAGAUCCGUCCACCCAAACGAUAGACCUCGUAGGAUACCUCACCAAUGAGCUUCUAGCUGCAGCAGACAUCCCAGACAGCAUGGCAUUGGAGUUAUAUAGCCAGGCAUGCACAACAAUAGGCAGGCAGUAUCAGCAUGCUCAGUAUGGCCCCCUGACUGUCACUGGGGUGACCGAGAGCUGCUGUCUGGUUGCCAAGAUUGCAAGCGGGAAAUACGUAGUCCUAACGGAUGUGAGGUCCUUGCAGGAUCUUUCGCCAGUCUGUUAG